UGCUUACGGAAGCAAUUACAUUCCAUUACCCCCGUGCGUCGCGUUCAUGUGAACAACUAAAUAAAACAAAUUAUCAAAUGACGACGACGAAAUGGACCUCUAGCUCAAUCUGUACGUUUUAAAAAAUAUCGAGAUUGGUAGCUUUAGCUAACUUAUUUAUCUACGUCUCCAUUUCUGUAGUAGGAGAAAAACACUCCGGCUGCUCUCUGCCCGUUACCACCAUUGGUUACCACCGACUCACCGCAAACCGCCUCGAGUAAAUGGCUGAUCAGGAACAGAUUGACAUAGACACGCUACUGGACAUGCCUGCGCCGGAGCGAUCGAGAACCGGGAGAGCAUCGGCUCUGGCUCGGCUACUGCACCAGGAUUGCACUCAUCUUCUGGAGCUAUAUGUGAGUAGUUGCUGAGUGAAAUUGAGCGAAUUUGUAGCUAUUUGUAUUAUUCUAUUAGGGCAGCUUGCUAGGUAUAAACAGCGCCACAUAGCUAACCUAUCACGUCAUCCACGUCCCGUUAGAACUCAGGCCUAUUUCGCUGCACCUGUACCGCACCAUUUUAAGAUAAUUUUAACUUUAUUAUUCUCGUUUCCCUAGAUUAGACUCAUUAGAUAAACUAUAUUUUUAAGAGCUGGUUUCAAGAGAGAUCUGUAGCCAGGUGGUAAAUUACAACGUUGGUAUUUAGCGAUAAUUAACUGUCUCUUGUACUGUAACUAAUGCCGCUCCAGUUCCUAAUUGAAACAUCCUUUAAAAACCAGCUCUCCCUCUCCUCCAUGUUCCCCUACCCAAUCCAUUAAACUGUGACCCAGGGGAACCCACCCUAAUGGAUUAGGCACUCGAAUUUGGCAGCUGGCUCCCGUAGAAGGGAAGAAAAAAAAAACACAUCUACGAAAAUAACCAAUAUAUGCUAUUGGAGUAACAUUAAUUAAAGUGGGAAAAAAAUUGUAUAGAUAUUAGAAAUAGAUAAUUGUUUUGAUUUGUUUAAAUAUGAUAAUUUAUUGGGUAUGAAUAAAGCCAAUGCUUUUCACAGACAACGUUUUUAUUUUUCAGUUUUCUCAAAAAUCAGGUGGUUUACUGUUGGUGCACACCUUUUUUUUGUAGCAGCGUAUUUUACUCAUUAGUAGUACUGUUACUCAUUAGUACUUUUCAUUUUUUUCCAUUCAGAGUUUUCAUGCUUAUAUUAUCUAGCUUUCAUUUCCCCCCCACCCCCCUGGCUCUCCUCUUCCUCCUCUUAUCCUCCCAGAGGGAGAGGGAGAGUCUCUUGUCAGACCACACCCCAGCGGGGGACCGCAUCGUGUCCCUCUCUCUGUCCUCGCCUGACCUCAGCUCUGACGAGCAGGUUCAGCUCCUACACUCAGCCCUGCGCAAAUGCUCGGGCCUACUGGAGUGUCUCAUCCUACGAGAGGAAGAGGAGAUGGGCGAGCUAGAGGGCGAGUACGAGACGGCGAGAAAGAGCGUCCGGGAUCGACUGGGACAUCUGCUUCACAGCACCAAGGUCCUACUGGAGACCGACGAGGACGUCACCCCAGACCACCAGUGCGAUGAGGUAAAAAAAUGUCAAUUCUUAAUUACUAUUAUCAUGGGCUAUCUUCCAUCUUCCAUUUAGUGAGGUCAAUAUAAAUAACAAUGGCCUAAUCAGUCUAAAGCACCAACUGAUAUGUUACUUGUUCUUCUUCUUGUGUUGAGGGCUUGUGAGAAAGCCAUGAUGUUUUUUGUAACCACUGACUUUUUCUUUCUCUUUUAGGAGGUUGAUGGAGUUGUGGGUACUUUUGGGGCGAAAAUGUGGACCUAUCGGGUACUGCUAGAGCUGACCCAUUGGGCCGACUCUGCCUCGCAGACCCUUCAUGUCCUCCACUCCGAGAGGGAAGGGAAAGAAGAAGAAAUCUAGUUCCAACAGCUCUGAACUGUCUCAAAAUCUAACAUCAGUCAGCUUUCAAUAGCAGACAAUAUUAGCAAUGACAUCCUAAGGUAUUAUGAUAUAUACUGCCCAAUGCUGGGAAGCUUUACUAAAAUCACAACUAAACUCCUUUUUAUGAAAUGCUAAAAAUGACUUUCACCAAAUUAUAUAUACACUGUGUUGAGGUGCACCAGCAAGACUUGUUGCAGUAGCAUUCCUUUGUCAGAAAGGAUGGUUCGUGCCAUGGAUGACGCGUUCAGUUCCGGGACAGUUUUGUUGCUGUUGUUGUUGUAUAGUCUAUUUAUUGAAGCUGAACAACUUACUGAUGAGAAAUUCAAUUAUUAUUCCUACUUUUGUUUGAGGUAGAAUUGAAGGGGCUUUAGUUGAAACAUUCUAACACUGUUAGAAAUCGUGCCGUGACUAACACUUCAGACUAACAUUAACUAUUAGAAUGUAGGUAAAACAUUUUACUGAUAAACUGUUACUGUGAAAAUGCAGCUUGCUGACCAAUGAAGAUAGCUUGUGGUUCACACGCACCACAUGAUGCCAACAUAUCUCCAGAUUCUAUUCGUUUACCAUAGGAGAAAAGCAAUUCCAACAAACAUCAGGAUAUGAUCAUGUAACUGACAUACCGAUGUUGCGCUCAUCUUUUUUUUUUUUUUUUGGGUCAGGCAAGUUUAGAAAAUAAACAGUGAUGGAUCACGUCGCUGCAUGUUGUUAUUGUACUGUCAAGGUGGCUAUAGUCACUCACAGUAGGCUAAUUGUAUAUUCUACAUACUUGAAAAUGCUGCUAAAUCGUUUUAACUUGUUGACGUUUACCUUUUAGCUAAUAUUGCUCAGUAGCAAACUGAAUGUGUGUGUGUAGCCAAAACUAUCACACCCUCUUCACCCUCCUUCACAGUUGAACGUCUGACACAGACUCCAAACACUGACUGAAUAUUAAGAUAAUGGAAAUAACCUCUGUGCUGACAUUUUUUGGAUUUUGUUAUUGUGAGCUUUUCUAUUUUGUCAAACAUUAUCUGUAAAUUAUUUGGAUUUGCACUGAAUAUUAAACUGAAGUGUAUCUAGA